GUAAUAGCGGACGUCCACCUAGCGUCAGCCUUUCUCUUUCGCAUCGUCGGGCAUCCGGAAAGAAGUGUGUUCUCUUUGGCAUCCCAUUAAAUCACUUAGCAGCGUAACCUGACAUAUACUUUGAGCAAUCGUUAAUCGGAAAAUGGCGACAGAUUCCUGGGCCCUGGCUGUGGACGAGCAGGAAGCUGCAGCAGAAUCACUUAGUAGCUUGCAGAUAAGAGAGAAUGAAGACAGAUCAAGAGCAGAAGCAAAUGGAACCACAAAGACAGAUGAUGAUGGGGAUAAACCAGAUGAAGAUGACAAAGAGGACAGAGCCGCACAGUCACUUUUGAACAAGCUGAUUCGCAGUAACCUGGUAAACACAACCAAUCAGGUGGAAGUUCUUCAAAGGGAUCCAAACUCUCCACUCUACUCUGUCAAGUCUUUUGAAGAGCUUCGACUGAAGUCCCAACUGCUUCAGGGUGUGUAUGCUAUGGGUUUCAACAGACCUUCUAAAAUCCAGGAGAACGCCUUGCCCAUGAUGCUUGCAGAACCGCCUCAGAACCUGAUUGCUCAGUCGCAGUCUGGCACAGGCAAAACAGCUGCCUUUGUACUGGCCAUGCUGAGUCGUGUGGAUCCCAGUAACAAGUGGCCUCAGUGUCUGUGUGUGUCCCCAACUUACGAGCUAGCCUUACAGACGGGAAAAGUCAUCGAACAGAUGGGGAAGUUUUACCCUGAUGUUAAACUGCAGUAUGCCAUCCGAGGCAAUAAAUUGGACCGUGGGAUGAAGAUACAGGAGCAUAUUGUUAUUGGCACCCCUGGCACAGUGCUGGACUGGUGUAUUAAGCUCAAGUUCAUUGACCCCAAGAAGAUUAAGGUGUUUGUGCUCGAUGAAGCUGAUGUCAUGAUUGCCACACAAGGCCACCAGGACCAAAGUAUUCGCAUCCAGAGGACAUUGCCUAAGGACUGUCAGAUGUUGCUGUUCUCUGCCACAUUUGAAGACUCUGUCUGGAAGUUUGCUCAAAGGAUUGUGCCCGAUCCCAACAUCAUCAAGCUAAAGCGUGAGGAAGAGACGCUGGACACCAUCAAACAGUACUAUGUGCUCUGCAAUAACAAGGAGGAGAAGUUUAUGGCACUUUGCAAUAUCUACGGAGCAAUCACCAUUGCACAGGCCAUGAUCUUUUGUCAUACUCGGAAAACUGCUGGCUGGCUGGCAGGAGAGCUGUCCAAGGAAGGUCACCAGGUGGCGCUGCUCAGUGGGGAAAUGGUGGUGGAGCAGAGAGCCGCAGUCAUCGAUCGCUUCCGAGAAGGCAAAGAGAAAGUGUUGGUCACCACCAAUGUGUGUGCCAGGGGAAUCGAUGUGGAGCAGGUGUCUGUAGUGAUUAAUUUCGACCUCCCAGUGGACAAAGACGGGAACCCAGACAAUGAGACCUACCUACACCGGAUUGGCCGCACUGGGCGUUUUGGCAAGAGGGGAUUGGCUAUUAACAUGGUAGACAGCAAGAUGAGUAUGAACAUCCUUAGUCGCAUCCAAGAACACUUCAACAAGAAGAUUGCAAGAUUGGACACAGAUGACCUUGAUGAAAUUGAGAAAAUUGCCAGCUAAGGAGCUGGUGGCACCCCCCCCCCCCCCCCCCCCCCCCCCCCGGCCACGCUGUUAGCACGUUACCUCAUAUUAAAUUUUUGCAGUUUGACUUUAAGUACCUUGUAGAGACUAUUUUAUUUUGAAAACUACAAGACAGAAGUAAUGUUUACAUUUGGAUUAUUUAAUUAGGUCUUAGCCUAGCCUUAAAAGAAAAGUGUUUUAAACUUCAGGUUCGUAACUACAUGCCAAAUAGAUUCAAUUCUGAAUGGGUGCGACAUUGUGGAGUUGGGUUUGGUUUUUUGUCUCAUUUUCCUUUUCCCCCUUUUUCCCCUCCUUUGGUUGUAAAACUACAUGUAACCAGUCUUUUUUCCCUCUAUCUUAGGUCACAUGCCCUGCUAUAUGAAGUGUAGCUGUUCAUUUGGUCAAAUAUCUCAAACAGAAUUCUGCUGAGACUUUUGUAUUUCAUUUAAUCUCGCUGUAAUUGUGCUGUAAAUUAUAGGAGCAAAUGUGUAUAUAUAUUUUCUUCUUAAAUAGCUUUCAGUACAACAAAAAAUACAAACAGAAGCUAGAGAACUGGAGGCUAAAAACAAGCAACUCGGUCGUCUUUGUUGCACACUCUAGAUGGACUGCAUUGGGUCUCUUUGAAGAGCGUGGGUCCUCGGCACCAAUCUGCAUUACACGGGGAAACGUGUGGGCCUUCUCUCUUUACUGCACCACAGCUUUUCAUAUAAAGAUUGACAGACCAGAAAUUUAGCUGUGUUAAUUACCUUUGGGUCUUCCAAAUCUGAAUGACCGGGCCUAAUUUCUGCUAUGGUGAGAGAGAGAAUCUUGAAUACCAGCUGAACUCUGCUUAAACCAUCAAUCUGAACCAAUUCUCUGUCUGUGUACUGGUUAGUCAGGUUACUGUAUUUGGAUCAGCUGUGACUACACAGUAAACCAAAUUUUGCACAUCGAGCAGUGGCAUUAUCAUGUAAUACAUAUGCACUUCUAAAAAACGACAGAUUAUAUAGAAAUGUAUUGAAUGUGGCCAAGUUUGUGGCAUAUUAGUAAAACAUUCCUAUUAAUACCGUAUUACACAGGUUAAACACGAUUCUUCUCACCUGCGAAUGAAAGGGGGUAUAUAAGCUUCAUAAAACCAGAUUUCUGAUGUAAUCUAUGUGUAGGUUUUAAUAAGUAGUCCAGUAUUACUAUUAUACAAGGUGGGCCAUUGAUGUACAAACUGAUACCUUCACAAGGAGAACAUGUUUAUUUUGACGCUACUUUCUGAAAUUAGUUUCCCUCCACUCUCACUAUAAAUGGCCUAUAACUGAAUACAUUUGUCAUUUUUUGUAACCACUUUUCCUUGCAACAUUGACUAAAGAGUUCUGUUCAAAAGACAGGAAUUCCUACACUUUUACCAAGUAAAAAUAGGAGUUUAUAAUGUACCGUAUGAAACCUAAAAAUUAGGCAGUAAUAUUUAACUGCAGUGAUUUGUUAAAAAAAAAAAAUGGGGCAAAUAGCAUCAAUUCAUGUUACAAUUUUUUGUACUGCAGUGUAUGCAUUUUUAUUCGGACUAAAAUUGGAUGUUGACUUUAUUUGCAGAUGCUAUGAGAGAGUGCUUGAGUGAAAUUAGUUUUAAAUGCCUGAAUUUACUAUAGCUGUGAAACCAAUAAAUAGCAGCUCUAUAGUGCACUUGUCUUGCACUUUCUGCUCUUUGGUUUUAUGGUUAUUUCUAAAUAGUAUUUGUUGUAAUAAAGUACCAUCUUAUCGAAA